AGUGACGACAAGUCAGCACUGAAAGUUUCUCAUGUUAAUGUACUGAAAACAGAAGAAAAUAGUGAAGAUAAUCCAGGAGUGUAUAUGUAUACUGAUAGUUUAAGGGUGUGUAUUGAUACAACAGCAACUACAUUUCUGAAAGGGAGCACUGUUGGAGUGCUGAUUCUGUGAAAGUGAAAGUAAAUUGGCUUUUUGAGAGUUCAUACAAACAGGAAAAGAACCACAGAAGACAACAACAGAAUGGCUGCCAAUGCAUCAUCACCUGUAAUAGACUGCACCUGUCCUGUAUGCUGUGACAUAUUUAAGGAUCCUGUACUCUUGUUGUGCGGUCACAGCUUUUGUAAGUACUGUCUUCAGGAGUGGUGGAGACAGAGUAGAUGCAAGACAUGCCCAGUCUGUAAGGAAAUAUUUCCAAUGGCUCAGCCUCCACGUAAUCUGGCACUGAGAAAUCUUUCUGACACCUUGAGACAAGAGAGGAGUCAUACAAGUUUGACAGGAUCUAAAGAGCUCUGCAGUCUGCAUGGUGAGAAACUCAAACUCUUCUGUCAGGAUGAUCAAGAACUCAUCUGUUUGAUCUGUAGGGAUGCAAAAAAACAUAAGCAACAUAACUGUGCCCCCAUCAAUGAAGCAGUAGAAGACUACAGGACCAAACUGAAAGUUAAGCUGAUGCAUUUAAAAACCAAACGGGGGUCAUUUGAAGCAGAAAAAGUCAAGUGUGAUAAAAUGGCCAGCCACAUCACGCUCCAGGCCCAACAGACUGAGAAGGGGAUAAAAGAGGAGUUUCAAAAGCUGUACCAGUUUCUGCGGGCAGAAGAGACUGCAAGGAUUGAUGCUGUGAGGAAAGAGGCGACACUCAAGAGUGAAGCAAUGAAGAUCAGGAUUGUGAAUCUGACUGCAGAGAUCUCCUCACUCUCAGACAAAAUCAAAACCAUGGAGGGAGAAAUGAAAGCUGAAGACUUCUCAUUCAUGCUGAAUGUCAAAUCCUCUAUGAUGCGGUCCCAGUGCAAACUGCCAGAACCAGAGACUCCACCAGGAGCCCUGAUCGAUGAGGCCGUACACCUGGGGAACCUGCUGUACGCAGUCUGGUGGAGGAUGAAAAACGCAAUACAGUACACUCCUGUAACUCUGGACCCCAACUCUGGCAACCCAUCAUUGACUAUAUCAGAAAACAUGACCCGUUCAACAGUAGGAGACAAGUCUCAGUCGCUCCCUCAAAACCCUGAAAGGCUAUGCUUUUAUGGUGUUCAUGGGUCUAAGUGCUUUAGCUCUGGGAAACACAGCUGGGAUGUAAAGGUGGAUAACAGUUGUGAUGUGGGAAUGGGUCGUUAUUGGUGUGUUGGUGUGGCUGCAAAAACCAAGCCUCGAGAGUCUGAAAAGAUCUGGGGCAUCUAUAUGUGUUCGUGUGCCCCUCCUGACUUUUUAUAUGAGCUUACUCCAGAGGAUUAUACGAAAGUUGUACUUAAAGAUUCAUUUCCUGAGAAGGUGAGAGUGCAGCUAGAUUAUGACCAAGGUAUACUUUCAUUUUUUGACCUGGAUAGAAAAACACUCGUACGCACUAUCAAAUAUACUUUCACGAAGCCUGUUUUUCCAUAUUUCCGUGGGAAUACAAAAAUCCUUCCGGUUGAAUUGUCUGUGACAGCGAGUCAACCCAGAUAAACAUGCUGCAUUAUUGCAUUAGUUCAAACAACAAGAUGAGGCCUUGAUACAAGAUACGAGACCUUGAUUAUGAUAUUGCCUAA